AACUGUUCUUUUUGUUUUCCACUUCUAGGAGGGAAGAAGCAUGUCCCGCCUGUCUUUAACACGAUCCCCAGUUUCUCCCCUUGCUGCUCAAGGCAUUCCACUCCCAGCUCAACUGACCAAAUCCAAUGCUCCUGUACACAUCGAUGUAGGUGGACACAUGUACACUAGCAGCCUGGCAACCCUUACCAAGUACCCAGAUUCCAGAAUAAGUCGUCUAUUUAAUGGCACAGAGCCUAUUGUCUUGGACAGUUUAAAACAACAUUAUUUCAUUGAUCGGGACGGGGAGAUCUUCAGAUACAUAUUAAGCUUUCUAAGGACGUCGAAACUGCUGCUCCCUGAUGACUUCAAGGACUUUAAUCUUUUAUAUGAAGAAGCAAAGUAUUACCAGCUGCAGCCAAUGAUUAAGGAACUAGAGCGAUGGAAACAAGAGAAAGAACAAAGAAAGCAUUUCCAGCCCUGUGACUGCUUGGUGGUGCGAGUGACUCCAGACCUCGGCGAGAGGAUUGCCCUGAGUGGGGAGAAAGCCCUCAUCGAAGAGAUCUUUCCCGAAACCGGGGACGUCAUGUGCAACUCCGUCAACGCGGGCUGGAACCAGGACCCCACCCACGUGAUCCGCUUCCCGCUCAACGGCUACUGCCGGUUGAAUUCCGUGCAGGUCCUUGAGAGACUGUUUCAGAAGGGCUUCAGCGUGGCGGCUUCCUGCGGCGGAGGGGUGGAUUCCUCUCAGUUCAGCGAGUACGUGAUGUGUCGGGAGGACAGGAGACUACAGCCCGCUCCGACCACAAUCAGAAUAAAGCAGGAACCGCUGGACUAGAACUCUCUCUCCCACCUUUAGAACCGUAGAAGUGUUGAAUAGUCCCUUAUGUGAAACACUGAGGAGUUGGAAAACAGUAUUAGCGAACAAAGUGUGACGAUUUAUGGCCAAUUAGUGGUGUUCUAAAACUACCUGUCACAGUGCCAUGAAACACGGCUGAAAGGACCCCCUUGGUGGCUCUUCAUUAUGGAACCACUGGGCAUGCUCGGUGGACAAAAGGCUUUGUGGGAAUGUAAUUUCAACCUAGCAGCUGCGGUGUUGGAAGCAGCCCGGGCUUCGAAAGGUACUGACACUUGAUUGGACUUCAACUGAAAGACCAAUUAAGGCGAUUUGAAUACGUCAGCUGAAGGAACGAGACCGCUUCCCCUACGACACCCCAUCCCCCUCUGUCCCAGGACCCCUGCCCAGGAGGAAACGGGGUGGGCCGGGCGGGGGCGGGAGGGGAGAGGACUGGUCACCGAGGAGAAGACGACGAAGAAGAAGAUGCUACAUUGAGCUGCACUGGACACUGCUCCUGUCUGAGUCCUUCCCAUCUCUCAUGCCAGAUGUGCUGUACAUCUGCCUCCGUUGUGUCAAACGUCUGUGAUUGUUCGCGUUCAUGCUAGUAAAUGGCUUAUUUUUCUACAAUAUUUAAAACUGAAAUAACUGUCUCUGCCCAGCUCAGAGAAGCAGAAAAGGACCAACUCAUAUUUAUCUGGUGCUCAACACUUUGGGAAAAAAAGAAAAAAAAAGAAUCCGUAAGUCUAACGGUGUCGGCGUUGUGAGAAGUAGAAACCCGAAGCACACCCAAUCGCCUCUCUUGGAAACCAACCGUCCAACAUGCUCCGGUCGGCCUGAGCUCACCGGGUCUCUGCCGGGGAACGGCAGGCCCAGUGGCAGCCGCUCUCUGCCCGGCCGGCAGACAUCCGUCCCACCGGCUUCCAUUUCCCUCCAGAAGGAGCGUGGUGGGCCAAAGACCCCCCUACUCCAACCCCCCUCCUCACCUCCCAGGGGCGUUAGAAUGGAGAGAUAUACUGUGGGAGCCCCAGACCACACAGGGUUUUUGCCUUGCAGGAGCUCUGUUCAUUUUUUUUUCUCCUCAGUUUAAUUUAAGUGUUUUUGAAAGUCUGGGGAUAUUACACCCUCUUCCUGAAUUUGUAUUUGUCAAUUUAGAGAAGGCCCGCCCCUGUGUCCCCACUGAUUUUGGCCUGAACGUUACUAUUCCUUUAACGGAUCCACCACCAACCCCUUUGACUUAUGCAGCGGCUUCCUUAACUCAGGAGACAGCACCACGUUUGCAGGUGCCACUAUAUAAAUAGCGUCUGCUAAAUCCUGUUUAUUGCUGUUUAGCAUGAUUGGCGCCUCAAUAACUAAUUCAUGUGCUAAUCACAAUUUAGUUUCUCCACAUUAAUUUAUAGAAUACUGUUGUAGACACUGAAUUUUAAUUAAACUGUUUUUAGACAAACACAGCCAUAUCUAACAAGGGGACACGAGAUUCAGAUCGGAAGACCUCUGGCAAUCUUGUCCCCUUUUCCUCCAAUUGGAAAGAAAGAAAGAGAGACCGAGGGUCGAAACUAACAGCGGUGGGGCCUGCUCCCUCAGACAGACAGCUAGGAAUUCGGGUACCCUACUCAAUUGAGUUUAAGGAGUUGGGAAGCUAUUUUAUUUCCCGGUUUUAUACUUGUUCGACACCUUUCACUGAUGGAAAAUGGCUAGGUACUGCCAUAUUUGAGUAAAUGGCUCAACACUCACCUUUCUAUGUAAGAUAUCUGUAGAAUUGUAUAUUACACAUUUAAUAUUGUAAAGAUCUUACUGUAUAAUUGUCAUGUAUUUGUGUAUACACAUUUCUUAUCCAGUACUUCAUGCCAUAAACAUUUCUGUAAAGUAAUAGGUUGGAAUACAGUUCUUAGGAUGA